AAAACAAUAACGCACUAUCUUCGGUUGUUUCCAACGUUCACAGAUUGAGGCUACGUACCGGUGACAAGCUGCGCUCAGAAAUGAACGCAAUGACAUGAACGAACCCCAGGAACUGUUUAAGCCAAACAGAAAACCUACCACAUUGUACAAAUCAAGAUGGUUUUAGAAAGUAUUUCAAGGAUAAUAAAAGUCCAGCUUCCAGCUUACCUCAAGAGGCUUCCGCUUCCGGAGACAAUCGGCGGGUUUGCAAGGUUAACAGUGUCUGAGUGGCUCCGGUUGCUGCCUCUCUUGGGUAUCCUGGCGCUGCUGGGCUAUCUGACCAUUCGCCCGUUCCUGCCGAAGAAGAAGAAGCAGAGGGACAGCCUGAUCAACCUGAAGAUUCAGAAGGAGAACCCAAAAGUGGUCAACGAGAUAGACAUCGAGGACCUGAACAGCGCAAAUGUGUGUUACUGUCGCUGCUGGCGCUCCAAAACUUUUCCUGUUUGUGACAAGUCACACUUAAAGCACAAUGAGCUAACUGGAGACAACGUGGGACCGCUCAUACUCAAAAAGAAGAUACUGUAAUCAACCACUGAUGGGUGUUUUCCUUCCACCUCGCCAGCUUGUAGCUUUCAUUUCUCAACAGUUUGUAGUUUGUCUGUUCUUCUUUCUUCACGAGAAACAUUGGUCUCACCUUGGUGUCAUGUUAACGUUUGUCAGAAAGAUUAACUUCCAGCCUUUAUUUUAAAUGACCUUAACAUCAAAUUUUUCAUAUUGUGUUUUUUUUCUUUUUUUUUCAUUUUUCACUUUUGCAGGUAACAGACCAGCUUAAAUGCAGUUUUAGUCAGUUAAUUGAUCUUUGGGACCACUUUCAGGGGACGACUUGAAACUUUAUUGUGGCUUUCAGUAAUCUGAACCCAUUAGAGGAAAAGUUUUUACCCAUUUAAAUGGUUGUUCAGAUGAAGUACGUAAUACUCGUCCACCGCGUAAUACACAUUUUGUACUGUAGUCCUCAUUUUGGAGAAGUUUUUUAACAACAAGCCUUUGUUAGCAUUGCUUCUCCAUAUUUCUCUGUCUGCCAAAUAUUAACUUUCAGGAUGUGAAAUAUUCUCUUCUAAGUUAUUGUGUGUAUGGGAGGCCACUUGUUAUUCUUCAGAUGUAUUUUGUUCAGAGCCUUUAAACAUUAGUGUUUUACAUUUUUGUAUUUAACUUUGUUGCUUACAAACAUUUCAGACCUCUGCACCAUUGAAUAAUACAAAGUUACAUAGUUUAACCUCGCUGCCCUACUGAGGUUUGUUGACGUAAUUUCUGCAGCAUGCCUUUUUUUUUUGUUGUCGUUUGUUUUGUUUUGUUUUUUAACUAACCUCUGCUUUGUCAUGGUGGCUGUAUAUAGUUGACUUCCUGCUGGAUUAUUUCUUUUUUAAUUCUUCAAUAAUAUUUCAUACAUAAAUGGUCCUCAUUUCCA